CGGGCAUCCCGGCAUCGAACGCCACCACCACCAACGCAACCCCACACCGGCAUUUCCUUCGUUCCUAGCAUGGCGCAGAACCAAGGAUCGGAGGCAACCACCGACGCACCGUUCCCUCUCUCGCGCUCGCUGCCGGACCGUUUCGCACGGGGCUGGUUGCGACCCGCGUUCCUCGCCACGUCCCCGUCCCCGUCCAGGUCCCCGUCCAGGUCCCCGUCCACGUCCCUCUUCGUCGUCUUGGCCUUCUUGCUGCUGCUGUUGCUGCUGCCGGUCCCGCCCGUUCGAGGCCUCUGCACCGCGCCCCUCCGUGUUGGGGCGAUGCGGGCCGCUGGAAGACCCACCGCCGCCCUUCGCCGGUCCCCGAGGGCAGCGAAGCGAGGGCUCUCCGCGUCUCCCGGAAAGACCGACCCCCCGCGGGUCCGGCCCGUUCCGAUCACCCCCUCCCCGAAGCGGCCGCGGCGCCGGGGGACCGCCUUCUCGGAGACGACCAUCCCGGCGCCGGGCCCGGUCGAGAACCACGAGCUGGAGCUUACGACCCGCAUGCUGGCGUCCAUCCGUCCGGAGCAGGGAUUCGUCGAUCUGGGCGUCCCCCCGGUAGAACUCCGGCCCUCGAACACCCUGACCAACGGGCAGUGCUUCCACUGGAGGGUGGUCCACCCCGAGAAAGCAGGACCGGCAGCACCGACGGCGUCGGCGUCGGCGUGGGGGACCCACGAUGCGAAGGAGUGGGUGGGGGUCCUCCGGCUCCCCCUGUUCGGCGCGCACGAAUCCGCGGUGGUCGUCGUCCGGGAGCUCCCGGAGACGACCCUGUACCGGCCGCUGGUCGUCACCCGCGGUGGCGACCUUGGAAGGGGAACCGAGCCCGGCCUGGAGGGGGAGCUCCACCGGGCCCUGGCCGAAUACUUCCAGCUGGGCGUCCCGCUCGAGGGACUGUACGAGGAGUGGUCGGAGGCCUGCCCGCGCCUCUCGGUCAUCGCGGGCUGCCUGCCGGGGGUCCGGAUCCUCCAGCAGGAUCCCUGGGAGUGCCUGGCGAGUUUCAUUUGCUCCAGCAACAACAACAUACCCCGGAUCACCAAGAUCCUGGCGUCCAUCCGCAGGGAGUACGGCCGGCCCCUCCUGCGGAUCCCGUCGGAGAGCGGGAGCGAGUACUGCUGGCUGUAUUCCUUUCCCAGCCUGGAGGAACUCUCGGCAAGGGCCACCGAAAAGGACCUGCGGGAGACCUGCGGAAUGGGCUACCGCGCCGGCUACAUUCUCGAAACGAUGAAGUUGCUGGGGGACGACGCGAGGGGGGGAGAGGCCUACCUGCACCAAACCCUCCGCCACGACACGACGGACCCGGGGGAGGUCCAGGACCUCCUGUGCGAGUUCAGGGGCGUCGGCCGGAAGGUCGCCGACUGCGUCGCCCUCUUCUCGCUGAACCAGGACGACGCCGUCCCGGUGGACACGCAUGUCUGGAACAUUGCCAUUCGGGACUACGACCCGGAAGGCGUCCUCAGGACCACCGUCCGGUCCCUCACGGCCUCGAACUACAAAAAGGUGGGGGAGGUCUUCCGGGGCCGGUUUCCCAACAGGGCCGGGUGGGCCCACUCGCUCCUUUUUGUCGCCGAGCUGCCGAGUUUCCGCGGGCUGCUCCCGGACGACCUGGCGAACGAGAUGGAAACCUUCCAGAAGGAAGAAAAGGCCCGGAAGAAGGAAGAAAGGGAGCAAACGAAGACGAAAGCGAAAUUAAAAACAAAACAGAAACCGGCGUGAACACACGCCAGAACCAUCGAUCGAGACACGCAUCUAUUUCUAGCUAAUCCUUAAAAAAUAUAUCCUAGUAAA